CGGUACUGUAUCUGUAACCCCGGGGUGGUACGACAGUUCCGUAACCCCGACACCAUCUUCAUCCUGGCCUUCGCCAUCAUCCUCCUCAACACUGACAUGUACUCUCCCAACGUUAAGCCAGAGAGGAAGAUGAAGCUGGAGGACUUCAUCAAGAACCUCCGAGGUACAGUAGAAAUGAAAUCCAUUGAGGUAGUCAGGGUAACUGUACUUCCUGAACUCUCUCUAAUAGAACCUAUUCAUACGACUUGAUGAAUGUCCCUGUCUAGAAGGUAUAUAUUAUAUUGUGUCAUGGCUAAGCAGUGGAACUCAAGCAAAGCAGAACAGAACGACAUUUCUCUGACUAUACAGUGCAUUAGGAAAGUAUUCAGACCCCUUGACUUUUUCCACAUUUUGAUACGUUACAGCCUUAUUCUAAAAUUGAUAAAAUUCAGAAAUACCUUAUGUAAAUAGGUAUUCAGACCCUUUGCUAUGUGACUUGAAAUUGAGCUCAGGUGCAUCCUUUCCAUUGAUCAUCCUUGAGAUGUUUCUACAACUUGAUUGGAGUCCACCUGUGGUAAAUUUAAUUGAUUGGACAUGAUAUGGAAAGGCACACACCUGUCUAUAUAAGGUCCCACAGUUGACAGUGCAUGUCAGAGCCAAAACCAAGCCAUGAGGUCGAAGGAAUUGUCCGUAGAGCUCAGAGACAGGAUUGUGUCGAGGCACAGAUCUGGGGAAGGGUACCAAAACAUUUCUGCAUCAUUGAAGGUCCCCAAGAACACAGUGGCCUUCAUCAUUCUUAAAUGGAAGAAGUUUGGAACCACCAAGACUCUUCCUAGAGCUGGCCACCCGGCCAAACUGAGCAAUCGGGGGAGAAGGGCCUUGGUCAGGGAGCUGAACAUAGGUCCAUAGUUAUUCUGUGGAGAUGGGAGAACCUUCCAGAAAGACAGCCAUCUCUGCAGCACUCCACCAUUCAGGCCGUUAUGGGUAGAGUGGCCAGACGGAAGCCACUCCUCAGUAAAAGGCACAUGACAGCCCGCGUGGCAGGGACUGGGAGACUAGUCAGGAUCGAGGGAAAGAUGAAUGGAGCAAAGUACAGAGAGAUCCUUGAUGAAAAUCUGCUCCAGAGCGCUCAGGACCUCAGACUGGGGCGAAGGUUCACCUUCCAACAGGACAACAACCCUAAGCACACAGCCAAGACAACGCAGGAGUGGCUUCGGGACAAGUCUCUGAAUGUCCUUGAGUGGCCCAGCCAGAGCCCGGACUUGAACCCCAUCGAACAUCUCUGGAGAGACCUGAAAAUAGCUGUGCAGCAACGCUCCCCAUCCAACCUGACAGAGCUUGAGUGGAUCUGCAGAGAAGAAUGGGAGAAACUCCCCAAAUACAGGUGUGCCAAGCUUGUAGUGUCAUACAAAGAAGACUCGAGGCUGUAAAUGCUGCCAAAGGUGCUUCAACAAUGUACUGAGUAAAGGGUCUGAAUACUUAUGUAAAUGUGAUAUUUCAAAAAAAUAUAUUUACAUUUGCAAACAUUUCUACAAACCUGUUUUUUGCUUUGUCAUUAUGGGGUAUUGUAUGUCGAUUGAUGAGGGGGAAAAAACAAUUUAAUCAAUUUUAGAAUAAGGCUGUAACGUAACAAAAUGUGGAAAAGUGAAGGGGUCUGAAUACUUUCCGAAUGCACUGUAUUUGUAUGCCACCAAUAAAAUUUGAUUUGAUUAGAUUUUGACUAGUGGAGAAGCAGAGUGAUUCAAACUCACCCGUAAUCGGAGGAGAAAAGAUACUUUACAAAGGGAAAUACAGUAUGGUAUGUACCCUAGUUGGAGAUGCUGAUAGGCUUAGAUACCAGAGAUUAGAGUUAGGGUUAGUUGUAACAUUGUAUCACCUUUUUCUCCAGGUGUGGAUGAUGGAGGGGACAUCCCACGGGAGAUGCUGACAGGUAUAUAUGAGAGGAUCAGGAAGAGAGAGCUUAAAACCAACGAAGAUCACAUCUCUCAGGUCCAGAAGGUCGAGAAACUCAUUGUUGGGAAGAAACCGGUGAGUUUAGACCCUUUGCUGCCAUCAACAUAUUUCUACAGGUCACAGCGAUGGUUCUUCCUCUGUGUCUUGAAGAAGCCAGUAUGUUGGACUCUUAUUAAUCCCAGGUCCUCCAUGACACACGACUCAGUUAGAGCUAAAGGUAAAUUACAGCUAGCGGACACAUUUAGUUCGCAAAUAGAUUACAUUAAAGAGUCGCCUUGCCUGAGACCUGAAGACUUGUGCAAGUUCGAAAGUCUUCAGGUGUCAGUCAAGGUUGCUCUGUGAUGUAAUGGGCCUGGUCUAAUCUCUUUCUGAGCUUUUACAUUUACAUUUACAUUUUAGUCACUUAGCAGACGCUCUUAUCCAGAGAGACUUACAGUUAGUGCGUUCAUCUUAAGAUAGAUAGGUGGGAAAACCACAUAUCUCAGUCAUAGUAAGUUUUUCCUCAAUAAAGUAGCUAUCAGCAAAGUCAGUGCUAGUAGGGGGGAAAAGUCAAUGCUAGUAUGGGGGAAAAGUCAAUGCUAGUAGGGGGGAAAAGUCAGUACUAGUAGGGGGGAAAAGUCAGUACUAGUAGGGUGGAAAAGUCAGUACUAGUAGGGGGGAAAAGUCAGUGCUAGUAGGGGGGAAAAGUCAGUACUAGUAGGGGGGAAAAGUCAGUGCUAUUAGGGGGGAAAAGUCAGUACUAGUAGGGUGGAAAAGUCAGUACUAGUAGGGGGGGAAAGUCAGUACUAGUAGGGUGGAAAAGUCGGGUACUGGUAGGGGGAAAAGUCAGUACUAGUAGGGGGGAAAAGUCAGUACUAGUAGGGGGGAAAAGUCAGUACUAGUAGGGGGGAAAGGUCAGUGCUAGUAGGGGGGAAAAGUCAGUACUAGUAUGGGGGAAAAGUCAGUACUAGUAGGGGGGAAAAGUCGUACUAGUAGGGGGGAAAAGUCAGUACUGGUAGGGGGAAAAGUCAGUACUGGUAGGGGGGAAAAGUCAGUGCUAGUAGGGGGAAAAGUCAGUACUAGUAGGGUGGAAAAGUCAGUACUAGUAGGGGGGAAAAGUCAGUACUAGUAGGGGGGAAAGGUCAGUGCUAGUAGGGGGAAAAGUCAGUACUAGUAGGGGGGAAAAGUCAGUACUAGUAGGGGGGAAAAGUCAGUACUAGUAGGGGGGGAAAAGUCAGUACUAGUAGGGGGGAAAAGUCAGUACUAGUAGGGGGAAAAGUCAGUACUGUAGCGGGGAAAAAGUCAGUGCUAGUAGGGGGGAAAGGUCAGUUGUAGUAGCGGGGAAAAGUCAGUACUAGUAGGGGGGAAAAGUCAGUACUAGUAGGGGGGGAAAAUUCAGUACUAGUAGGGGGGAAAAGUCAGUACUAGUAGGGGGGAAAAGUCAGUGCUAGUGGGGGGGGAAAAGUCAGUACUAGUAGGGGGAAAAGUCAGUACUAGUAGGGGGAAAAGUCAAUGCUAGUAGGGGGGAAAAGUCAGUACUAGUAGGGGGGAAAGGUCAGUGCUAGUAGGGGGGAAAGUCAGUACUAGUAGGGGGGAAAAGUCAGUACUAGUAGGGGGAAAAGUCAGUACUAGUAGGGGGAAAAGUCAGUACUAGUAGGGGGGAAAAGUCAGUACUAGUAGGGGGGAAAAGUCAGUACUAGUAGGGGGAAAAGUCAGUACUAGUAGGGGGGAAAAGUCAAGCUAGUAGGGGGGGAAAAGUCAGUACUGGUAGGGGGAAAAAUAACAAAGUACUAGUAGGGGGGAAAAUCAGUACUAGUAGGGGGGAAAAGUCAGUACUAGUAGGGGAAAGUCAGUACUAGUAGGGGGAAAAGUCAGUACUAGUAGGGGGGGAAAGGUCAGUGCUAGUAGGGGGAAAAGUCAACUACUAGUAGGGGGGGGAAAAGUCAGUUACUAGUAGGGGGGAAAAGUCAGACUAGUAGGGGGAAAAGUCACUAUAGUAGGGGGAAAAGUCAGUACUAGUAGGGGGAAAAGUCAGUACUAGUAGGGGGGAAAGGUCAUUUGUAAUUGGGGGGAAAGGUCAGUGCUAGUAGCGGGGAAAAGUCAGUACUAGUAGGGGGGAAAAGUCAGUACUAGUAGGGGGGAAAUGUCAGUCUUAGUAGGGGGGAAAAGUAAGUACUAGUAGGGGGGAAAAGUCAGUGCUAGUAGGGGGGAAAGGUCAGUACUAGUAGGGGGGAAAAGUCAAGUACUAGUAGGGGGGAAAAGUCAGUACUAGUAGGGGGGAAAGUCAGUCUAGUAUGGGGGAAAAGUCAGUACUAGUAGGGGGGAAAAGUCAGUACUAGUAGGGGGGAGGAAAAGUCAGUACUAGUAGGGGGGAAAAGUCAGUACUGUAGGGGGGAAAAGUCAGUACUAGUAGGGAGGGAAAAGUCAAUGCUAGUAUGGGGUGAAGAAGUCAGUACUAGUAGGGGGGAAAGUCGACUAGUAGGGGGGAAAAAGUCAAGACUCGUAGGGGGGGAAAGUCAGUGCUAGUAGGGGGAAAAAGUCCAGUAUAUAGUAGGGGGGAAGUCAGUGCUAGUUGUAAGGGGGAAAAUCAGUAUAGUAGGAGGAAAAGUCAGUGCUAGUAGGGGGGAAAAGUCAGUGCGGUAGGGGGGAGGAAAAGUCCACGUGCUAGUAGGGGGGAAAAAGUCAGUACUAUAGGGGGAAAAAGUCAGUACAAGUACUUUAGUAGGGGGGAAAAGUCAGUGCUAGUAGGGGGGGAAAAGUCAGUACUGUAAGGAGGAACGUCAGUACUAGUAGGGGGAAAAGUCAGUGCUAGUCGGGGGGAAAAAGUAAGUUUAGUAGGGGGGAAAAGUAAGUAAUAGUAGGGGGGAAAAGUCAGUACUAGUAGGGGGGAAGGAGAAAGUCGACUAGUAGGGGGGAAGAAAGUCAGUACUAGUAGGGGGGAAAGUCAGUGCUAGUGGGGGGAAAAGUCAGACUAGUAGGGGGAAAAGUCAUUGUUCGUAGUGGGGGAAAAGUCAGUGCUCGUAGGGGGGGAAAGUCAAUACUAGUAAGGGGGAAAAGUCCAGAUUGUCUAGCCCAGCUGAUUUGUAGGUUUCCAGCUUUUGCAGCUCUUUCAGGACAUCAGCUAUCUGAAUUUGUGUGAAGGAGAAGCGGGGGGGGCAUGGGCAAGUUGCAGCGAAGGGUCCAGAGCUGGUGGCCGUGGUAGGGGUAGCCAAGUGGAAAGCAUGGCCAGCCGUAGCAAAAUGCUUAUUGAAAUUCUCGAUUAUCGUAGAUUUUUGGGUGGUGACAGUGUUUCCUAGCCUCAGUGCAGUGGGCAGCUGGGAUGAGGUGCUCUUAUUCUCCAUGGACAUUACAGUGUCCCAAAACUUUUUGGAGUUAGUGCUACAGGAUGCAAAUUUCUGUUUGAAAAAGAUAGCCUUUGCUUUCCUAACUGAUUGUGUAUAUUGGUUCCUGACUUCCCUGAAAAGUUGCAUAUCGCGGGGGCUGUUCGAUGCUAAUGCAGUAUGCCACAGGAUGUUUUUGUGCUGGCUAAGGGCAGUCAAGUCUGAGGAGAACCAAGGGCUAUAUCAGUUCUUAGUUCUGAAUUUUUUGAAUGGGGCAUGCUUAUUCAAGAUUGAGAGGAAAGCACUUUUAAAGAACAACCAGGCAUCCUCUACUGACGGAAUGAGAUCGAUAUCCAUCCAGGAUACCUGGGCCAGGUCAAUUAGGAAGGCCUGCUCGCUAAAGUGUUUUAGGGAGUGUUUGACAGUGAUGAGGGGUGGUCGUUUGACCGCGGACCCGUUACGGACACAGGCAAUAAGGCAGUGAUUGCUGAGAUCCUGGUUGAAGACAGCGGAGGUGUAUUUAGAGGGUAAGUUAGUCAGGAUGAUAUCUAUGAGGUUACCCAUGAAAACGGAUUUAGGGAUGUACCUGGUAGGUUCCUUGAUAAUUUGUGUGAGAUUGAGGACAUCGAGUUUAGAUUGUAGGACGGCCGGGGUGUUAAGCAUAUCCCAGUUUAGGUCACCAAGCAGUUCGAACUCUGGGGAUAGAUGGGGGGCAAGCAAUUCACAUAUGGUGUCCAGGGCACAACUGGGGGCUGAGGGGGGUCUGUAGCGAGCGGCAACAGUGAGAGACUUAUUUCUGGAAAGGUGAAUUUUUAGAAGUAGAAGCUCAAACUCUUUGGGCACAGACCUGGAUAGUAUGAUAGAGCUCUGCAGGCUAUCUCUACAGUAGAUUGCAACCCCGCCCCCUUUGGCAGUUCUAUCUAGACGGAAAAUGUUGUAAUUCGGGAUGGACAUUUCUGAAUUUUUGGUGGCCUUCCUAAGCCAGGAUUCAGACACUGCUAGAACAUCAGGGUUGGCAGAGUGUGCUAACGCAGUGAAUAACUCAAACUUGGGGAGGAGGCUUCCGAUGUUAACAUGCAAGAAACCAAGGCUUUUACGGUUACAGAAGUCAACAAAUGAUAGCACCUGGGGAGUAGGAGUGAUACUGGGCUACAGGGCCUGGGUUAACCUCUACAUCACCAGAGGGACAGAGGAGGAAUAGAAUAAGGAUACGACUAAAGGCUUUAAGAACUGGUCUUCUAGUGCGUUGGGUACAGAGAAUAAAAGGGGCAGAUUUCCGGGCGUUGUAGAAUAGAUUCAGGGCAUUAUGUACAGACAAGGAUAUGGAAGGAUAUGAGUACAGUGGAGGUACACCUAAGCAUUGGGUAACGAUGAAAGAGAUAGCAUCACUGGAUGUACCAAUUGAGCCGGUCUCCGCGUGUAUGGAGAGUGGGACAAAGGAGCUCUCUGAGGCUGGUUGAGUGGGACUGGGGGCUCUACGGUGAAAUAGUACAAUAAGAUCUAGCCCAAACAGCAAUAGGCAAGGCAUAUUGACAUGGGAGAGAGGCAUAAAGCAAUCACAGGUGUUAUUCGAGAGAGCUAAGACAACAACUGGUAAUGGCAAUGAAAGUUUGGGCUGAGGCUAAACAGAUAAAACAGGACAGGGUACCGUGUAAAGGAACAGUCCAGCAGGCAUCAGCUGUGCAGCUGAGUGAUCAUAAGGUCCAGUGAACAGCAAUGUGAGUCUGAGAGCAGUUCGAAUUGGUGCUACAGCACAGGCGAUCAGGAAGCAUGGCUGUUGAAUUGCGUGUGCUAGCGGGCCAGGGCUAGCAGAUGGAUCUUCGUGGUCGUCGCAACGGGAAGCCUGUUGAAACCACAGACGAUUACGUCGGCAGACCAGUCGUGAUGGAUCGGCGGGGCUCCGUGUCGACACUAGGAGGUCCCGUCCGGUUGACAGAGAGGUAGAUAGCCGGGAGAUGGGCCUGACUCGAGGCUAGCUCAAGGCUGAUAAGCCAACCACAACAUCAAUUUGGUUGCAGCUAGCUAGUUGCGAUGAUCCGGUGUUAAAGGUCCAGUGAUUCAGUGAUUCCGGCAGAUAAUCCGAUAUGUUCUGGGUCGAUAACGCGCUGUGCAGACUGGCCGAUAAUAGUCCAGGCUAGAGCUGGCUGGUAGGUAGUGCAGGCCACGGACAAUGGUGAAAAAACCCAGCUAACGGUGGCUAAUAGCAAGUAGCUAGUUAGCUGGCUACUCCCGUCCGGUUGACAGAGAGGUAGAUAGCCGGGAUAUGGGCCUGGCUUGAGGCUAGCUCAAGGCUAACUGGUGCUUGCUUCGGGGGCAGUGGUGAUUAGCCAACAGCAACAUCCAUUCGGUUGCGGCUAGCUGAUUGCGAUCCGGUUUUAAGGUCCAGUGAUUCAGUUAUUCCGGCAGAAAAUCCGAUGUUCUGGGUGAAAAACCGCUAACGGUGGCUAAUAGCAAGUAGCUAGUUAGCUGGCUAGCUAGUUUCUACUGGAGAUUCUAGAUAAAAGGUAAGUAAAUAAUAGAAUCCGUUCCACAUUGAGUGAGGCGGGUUGCAGGAAAGUAUAUUUAGUAGAAGGAUGAAAAGUGUGGUAGGGGAAUAUAUACAACAAAAGACAAAGAAAAGACAAAAAACAGGCUAUUUACACGGACACACAAGAGUACAUGACCGCACUGCUAAGCCAUCUUGGAUCAACAUGACUAUGAAGAGACCUCUGGUGGCAUGUCUUGUGGGGUAUGCAUGGGUGUCCGGGUUCAUUCAACAUGUCAAUACUUCUCACAAAUACAAGUAGUGAUGAAGUCAAUCUCUCCUCCACUUUGAGCCAGGAGAGAUUCAGAAGCAUAUUAUUAAUGUUAGCUCUCUGUGUACAUCCAAGGGCCAGCCGUCCUGCCGUGUUCUGAGCCAAUUGCAAUUUUCCUAAGUCCCUCUUUGUGGCACCUGACCACACGACUGAACAGUAUUCCAGGUGUGACAAAACUAGGGCCUGUAGGACCUGCCUUGUUGAUAGUGCUGUUAAGAGUGCAGAGCAGCGCUUUAUUAUAGACAUACUUUUCCCCAUCUUAGCUACUGUUGUAUCAAUAUGUUUUGACCAUGACAGUUUACAAUCCAGGGUUACUCCAAGCAGUUUAGUCUCCUCAUCUUGCUCAAUUUCCACAUUAUUCAUUAGAAGAUUUAGUUGAUGUUUAGGGUUUAGGAAAUGAUUUGUCCCAAAUACAAUGCUUUUGGUUUUUGACAUAUUUAGGACUAACUUAUUCCUUGCCACCCAUUCUGAAACUAACUGCAGCUCUUUGUUAAGUGUUGCUGUUAUUUCAGUCGCUGUGGUAGCUGACGUAUAUAGUGUUGAGUCAUCCAUAUACAUAAAUACACUGGCUUUACUCAAAGCCAGUGGCAUGUCGUUAGUAAAGAUUUAAAAAAGUAAGGAGCCUAGAAAGCUGCCCUGGGGAAUUCCUGAUUCUACCUGGAUUUUGUUGAAGAGGCUUCCAUUAAAGAAAACCCUCUGUGUUCUGUUAGACAGGUAACUCUUUAUCCACAAUUUAGCAGGGGGUGUAAAGCCAUAACACAUAUGUUUUUCCAGCAACAGACUAUGAUUGAUAAUGUCAAAAGCCGCAAUGAAGUCAAACAAAACAGCCCCCACAAUCUUUUUAUCAUCAAUUUCACUAAGCCAAUCAUCAGUCUUUGUUGAAUGUCCUUCCCUAUAAGCGUGCUGAAAGUCUGUUGUCAAAUUGUUUACUGUAAAAUAGCAUUUUAUCUGGUCAAACACAAUGUUUUCCAAAAGUUUACUAAGGGUUGGUAACAGGCUGAUUGGUCGGCUAUUUGAGCCAGUUAAGGGGGCUUUACUAUUCUUAGGUAGGGUAAUAACUUUUGCUUCCCUCCAGGCCUGAGGGCACACACUUUCUAGUAGGCUUAGAUUGAAGAUGUGGCAAUAUCGUCCACUAAUGUCCUCAGUAAUUUUCCAUCCAAGUUGUCAGACCCCGGUGGCUUGUCAUUGUUGAUCAACAACAAUCCUUUUUUCACCUCUUCCACACUCACUUUACGGAAUUCCAAAUUACAAUGUUUGUCUUUCAUAAUUUGGUCAGAUAUACUUGGAUGUGUAGUGUCAGUGUUUGUUGCUGGCAUGUCAUGCCAAAGUUGGCUAAUCUUGCCAAUUAAAAAAUCAUUAAAGUAGUUGGCAAUAUCAGUGGGUUUUGAUGAAUGAGCCAUCUGAUUCAAUGAAUGAUGGAGCUCAGUUUGCCUUUUUGCCCAACAUUUCAUUUAAGGUGCUCCAAAGCUGUUUCAUAGUGUAGUUUCUUCUUUUUAUUCAGUUUAGUCACAUGAUAUCGCAAUUUGCAGUACGUUUGCCAGUCGGUUGUGCAGCCAGACUUAUUUGCCAUUAUUUUUGCCUCAUCCCUCUCAACCAUACAAUGUUUCAAUUCCUCAUCAAUCCACUGGGAUUUAACAGUUUUUACAGUCAUUUAAUGGGUGCAUGCUUAUUAGGGAUAAGCAAUUUCAUAAAUGUGUCAAGUGCAGUGUCUGGUUGCUUGUCAUUACACACCACAUACCAACACAUUUUCUUCACAUCCACAACAUAGGAAUCACUACAGAACUUAUUGUAUGACCUCUUAUACACUAUAUUAGGCCCAGCCUUUGGAACUUUGUUUUUCCUUGAUAUGGCUACUAUAUUGUGAUCACUACAUCCAAUGGAUCUGGAUACUGCUUUCAAACACAUUUCUGCAGCAUUAGUAAAGAUAUGAUCAAUACAUGUUGAUGAUUUCAUUCCUGUACUGUUUGUAACCACCCUGGUAGGUUGACUGAUAACCUGAACCAGGUUGCUGCCACUGGUUACAGUUUGAAGCUUUCUCUUGAGUGGGCAGCUUGAUGAAAGCCAGUUAAUAUUUAAAUCACCCAGAAAGUAUACCUCUCUAUUGAUAUCACAUACAUUAUCAAGCAUUUCACACAGGUUAUCCAGAUACUGACUGUUAGCACUUAGUGGUCUAUAGCAGCUUCCCACCAGAAUGGGCUUUAGGUGAGGCAGAUGAACCUGUAGCCAUAUUACUUCAACAGUAUUUAACAUUAUAUUCUCUCUAAGCUUUACAGGAAUGUGGUUCUGAAUAUAGACUGCAACACCGCCCCCGCUGGCAUUUCUGUCUUUUCUGUAAAUGUUAUGACCUGGUAUUGCUACCACUGUAUCAUCAAAGGUAUUAUCUAAGUGAGUUUCAGAGAUUGUCAUGCCCAGACCUUUAAAUGCCUGUUGUUUCUCGUUGGUUUGGUCAGGGUGUGAAUUUCUAUGUGUAUAUCUAUGGUGUGUAUUUCUAUGUGGACAUUCUAUGUUUGUAGAUCUAUGUUGGCCGGUGUGGUUCCCAAUCAGAGACAGCUGUCGUUCGUUGUCUCUGAUUGGGGAUCAUACUUAAGUAGCCAUUUUGCCUACCUAUGUUGUGGGAUCUUGACUCUUGUUUGGGCUUGUUUGUGUGUAGCCAUUGUGAGCUUCACGUUACGUUGCUUUUACAUUUACAUUUACAUUUUAGUCAUUUAGCAGACGCUCUUAUCCAGAGCGACUUACAGGAAUAAGUGCCUUGCUCAAGGGCACAUCAACAGAUUUUUCACCUAGUCGUCUCAGGGAUUAGAACCAGCGACAUUUCGGUUACUGCCACAACCCUAUUAACCACUAAGCUACCUGCCGCCCGCUUUUGUUGUUUUGUCGUGUGUUUACUUAGUUAAUAAACAUGUACGCAUUCCACGCUGCACCUUGGUCCAAUCCUGUAUUCAACGAACGUGACAGAAGAUCCCACCACCAACGGACCAAGCAGCGUGGCCAGGAGGAGCAGACACCCUGGACACAGGUGGGGAAGACGUGGUCUUGGGAGGAGAUAUUUGCUGGUAAAGGACCCUGGGCGAAGGUAGAAGCACAGGUAGGAGAGGAUCAACGGCAACCGUGCCGACAACGAAGGAAGCCCGAGAGACAGCCCCAAGAACAUUUUUUGGGGGGGGCACACAGGGUGGUCGACGAAGCAGCAGGAGGCCGUGAAAGGGCUGACUGUAGAGGAGGAGGCCGCUAUUUUAGAGGUCCUCCAAGACCUGCGGAUCAGCAGUUUGAGAGAGGAGGCCACCACAUUACAGGGGCUGAUAGGGAGAAUAGAGCAGGAGAGGAGGCGCUGCAGGAGGCCCGUAGUGAGAAGGAAUUAGUGGAUCCACGGAGAGAGGAGCUGGCCAGGCAACAGAAGGAGCGUGUGUUCAUUGAGGAACCAAGUUAUGCGGAGAUACGCAUUGUGUCGCCAGUGCGCAUUCACAGCCCAGUGCGUCCUGUGCCAGCGCCCCGCACGUGCCGUGCGAAAGUGGGCAUCCAGCCAGGACGGGUUGUGCCAGCUUUACACUCCAGACCUCCAGUACGCCUCCACAGUCCCGUACCUGCUCCCCGCACCAAACCAGUGGUGCGUGUCUCCAGUCCGGUAUGGCCCGUACCUGCUCCCCGCACCAAACCAGUGGUUAUAGCAUAGUUAUAUGCAACAGGUCAGCACCUCAGGAAUGGUGCGGAAGGAGAUGGCUACCGUUUUACGGGCUCCUAACCAAUUGUGCUAUUGUGUGUUUUUUUGCGUUAUUUAUCAUUUAUUCUGUACAUAAUGUUUCUGCCACUGUCUCUUAUGACCAAAAAUAGCUUCUGGAUAACAGGACAGCGAUUACUCACCUCGUACUGGACAAAUAUUUUCUCUUUAACGAGUCGGACGCGAAGGAUUUUCUUCAGACACCUGACAAGGCCCAAAUCCCCAUCAUUCGUAUGAGAAAGAGACGGAGAUAUCAGGGACGUAGGUCGGGGUGCCUUGUAAGGAUCUGACGGAGAGUGCAUAAUCUGCCUCCAUCAUUACACUUUUACAUUUUAGUCAAUUAGCAGACGCUCUUAUCCAGAGCAACUUACAGUUAGUGAGUGCAUAAAUUUUUCAUACUGGCGCCCGUGGGAAUCGAACCCACAACCCAUGCGCCAUGGUCUACCAACUGAGCUACAGGAGGCCUAUUAGCCAAUCAUACAAUCAUUGGAUAACAAAAUAGACAAACUAAGAUCACGGAUAUCCUACCAACGGGACAUUAAAAUAUAAUAUAUUAUGUUUCACCGAGUCAAGGCUGAAUGACAAUAUGGAUAACAUAUAGCUGGCGGGAUAUACAGUGAGGGAAAAAAGUAUUUGAUCCCCUGCUGAUUUUGUAUGUUUGCCCACUGACAAAGACAUGAUCAGUCUGUAAUUUUAAUGGUAGGUUUAUUUGAACAGUGAGAGACAGAAUAACAACAUUCAAAUCCAGAAAAACGCAUGUCAAAAAUGUUAUAAAUUGAUUUGCAUUUUAAUGAGGGAAAUAAGUAUUUGACCCCUCUGCAAAACAUGACUUAGUACUUGGUGGCAAAACCCUAGUUGGCAAUCACAGAGGUCAGACGUUUCUUGUAGUUGGCCACCAGGUUUGCACACAUCUCAGGAGGGAUUUUGUCCCACUCCUCUUUGCAGAUCUUCUCCAAGUCAUUAAGGUUUCGAGGCUGACGUUUGGCAACUCGAACCUUCAGCUCCCUCCACAGAUUUUCUAUGGGAUUAAGGUCUGGAGACUGGCUAGGCCACUCCAGGACCUUAAUGUGCUUCUUCUUGAGCCACUCCUUUGUUGCCUUGGCCGUGUGUUUUGGGUCAUUGUCAUGCUGGAAUACCCAUCCACGACCCAUUUUCAAUGCCCUGGCUGAGGGAAGGAGGUUCUCACCCAAGAUUUGACGGUCCAUCGUCCCUUUGAUGCGGUGAAGUUGUCCUGUCCCCUUAGCAGAAAAACACCCCUAAAGCAUAAUGUUUCCACCUCCAUGUUUGACGGUGGGGAUGGUGUUCUUGGGGUCAUAGGCAGCAUUCCUCCUCCUCCAAACACGGCGAGUUGAGUUGAUGCCAAAGAGCUCGAUUUUGGUCUCAUCUGACCACAACACUUUCACCCAGUUCUCCUCUGAAUCAUUCAGAUGUUCAUUGGCAAACUUCAGACGGGCCUGUAUAUAUGCUUUCUUGAGCAGGGGGACCUUGCGGGCGCUGCAGGAUUUCAGUCCUUCAUGGCGUAGUGUGUUACCAAUUGUUUUCUUGGUGACUAUGGUCCCAGCUGCCUUGAGAUCAUUGACAAGAUCCUCCCGUGUAGUUCUGGGCUGAUUCCUCACCGUUCUCAUGAUCAUUGCAACUCCACGAGGUGAGAUCUUGCAUGGAGCCCCAGGCCGAGGGAGAUUGACAGUUCUUUUGUGUUUCUUCCAUUUGCAAAUAAUCGCACCAACUGUUGUCACCUUCUCACCAAGCUGCUUGGCGAUGGUCUUGUAGCCCAUUCCAGCCUUGUGUAGGUCUACAAUCUUGUCCCUGACAUCCUUGGAGAGCUCUUUGGUCUUGGCCAUGGUGGAGAGUUUGGAAUCUGAUUGAUUGAUUGCUUCUGUGGACAGGUGUCUUUUAUACAGGUAACAAGCUGAGAUUAGGAGCACUCCCUUUAAGAGUGUGCUCCUAAUCUCAGCUCGUUACCUGUAUAAAAGACACCUGGGAGCCAGAAAUGUUUCUGAUUGAGAGGGGGUCAAAUACAUAUUUCCCUAAUUAAAAUGCAAAUCAAUUUAUAACAUUUUUGACAUGCGUUUUUCUGGAUUUGUUUGUUGUUAUUCUGUCUCUCACUGUUCAAAUAAACCUACCAUUAAAAUUAUAGACUGAUCAUGUCUUUGUCAGUGGGCAAACGUACAAAAUCAGCAGGGGAUCAAAUACUUUUUUCCCUCACUGUACGCUGCAUCGGCAAGAUAGAACAGCUGCCUCUGGUAAGACAAGGGGAGGCGGUCUGUGUAUAUUUGUAAACAACAGCUGGUGCACGAAAUCUAAUAUUAAGGAAGCAACCUGCCUAAAUGACUACCGACCCGUAGCACUGACGUCUGUAGCCAUGAAGUGCUUUGAAAGGCUGGUCAUGGCUCACAUCAACACCAUUAUCCCAGAAACCCUAGACCCACUCCAAUUUGCAUACCGCCCCAACAGAUCCACAGAUGAUGCAAUCUCUAUUGCACGCCACACUGCCCUUUCCCACCUGGACAAAAGAAACACCUACGUGAGAAUGCUAUUCAUCGACUACAGCUCAGCGCUCAACACCAUAGUGCCCUGAAAGCGCAUCACUAAGCUAAGGAUCCUGGGACUAAACACCUCCCUCUGCAACUGGAUCCUGGACUUCCUGACAGGCCGCCCCUAGGUGGUAAGGGUAGGUAACAACACAUCUGCCAAACUGAUCCUCAACACGGGGGACCCUCAAGGGUGCAUGCUCAGUCCUCUCCUGUACUCCCUGUUCACCCAUGACUGCAUGGCCAGGCAUGACUCCAACACCAUCAUUAAGUUUGCCGACGACACAACAGUGGUAGGCCUGAUCACCGACAACGAUGAGACAGCCUAUAGGGAGGAGGUCAGAGACCUGGCCGUGUGGUGCCAGGACAACAACCUCUCCCUCAACGUGACCAAGACAAAGGAGAUUAUUGUGGACUAUAGGAAAAAGAAAAGGACCGCGCACGCCCCCAUUCUCAUUAAUGGGGCUGUGGUGGAGCAGGUUGAGAGCUUCAAGUUCCUUGGUGUCCACAUCACCAACAAACUAUCAUGGUCCAAACACACCAAGACAGUCAUGUAGAGGGCACAACAAAGCCUAUUCCCCCUCAGGUGACUGAAAAUAUUUGGUAUGGGUCCACAGAUCCUCAAAAAGUUCUACAGCUGCACCAUUGACUGGUUGCAUCACCGCCUGGUAUGGCAACUGCUCGGCCUCCGACCGCAAGGCACUACAGAGGGUAGUGCGUAGGGCCCAGUACAUCACUGGGGCCAAGCUUCCUGCCAUCCAGGACCUCUAUACCAGGCGGUGUCAGAGGAAGGCCCUAAAAAUUGUCAAAGACUCCAGCCACCCUAGUCAUAGACUGUUCUCUCUGGUACCGCAUGGCAAGCGGUACCAGAGUGCCAAGUCUAGGUCCAAAAGGCUUCUUAACAGCUUUUACCCCCAAGACAUAAGUCUCCUGAACAGCUAAUCCAAUGGUUACCCGGACUAUUUGCAUUGCCCCCCCGCCUCUUUUACGCUGCUGCUACUCUCUGUUUAUUAUCUAUGCAUAGUCACUUUAACUUUACCCACAUAUACAUAUUACCUCAAUUACCUCGACUAACCUGUGCUCCCGCACAUUGACUCUGUACCGGUACCCCCUCUAUAUAGCCUCGCUACUGUUAUUUUACUGCUGGCCUUUAAUUUUUUUUUUUUUUUUUUUCAAUUUUUUACUUAACACUUAUUUUUUCUUAAAACUGCAUUGUUGGUUAAGGGCUUGUAAGUAAGCAUCUCACUGUAAGGUCUACACCUGUUUUAUUCGGCAAAUGCAUUUGAUUUGAUUUGAAGUGUCAGGUCAUUGGCGAGCAUUCAGAGGUCGGCAGGAGGGGGAGUGAGAGAGAGACUCUCACAUGGAUAAUGUUAUGGACAAUUCCAUUAAAAUGUACCUCUAUAUGAGAAAGCCCUGCCUCCAACUGUUUGCUUAGAAAUUCUAGGCCUGCAUCUUGUUACAAAGAAUGACUUGAUCUCUCUCCCCUCACCCUUUCCUCCCUCUAUCUGUCUCUCCCUCUCUCUGUCCCUCCUUCCUCGCUCUCCACUCCAGAUUGGUUCUCUGCACCAUGGUCUUGGCUGUGUUCUGUCCCUGCCCCACCGCAGGCUGGUGUGUUACUGCAGACUUUUUGAGGUUCCAGACCCCGACAAGCCUCAGAAACUGGGUCUGCACCAGAGAGAGAUCUUCCUCUUCAAUGACCUGGUGGUGGUACGUACUAUAGAACUGUCUUGCUCUAACUCUUCCUCUAGUGGCUUCUCACCCAGGAGAAGCUCUUCAAUCCUGGUCAUUUGGACCCACAGCGUGUUCAUAUUGUUGUUUCUGAUGUACAGAGGGAACAUUAGUCUGUUUAUGAAGGGUGACCAAGACCGGACUGAGUCCUGAAUCUGUCCCCCACCAGGUGACAAAGAUCUUCCAGAAGAAGAAAACCUCUGUGACAUACAGCUUCAGACAGUCCUUCUCUCUGUAUGGGAUGCAGGUGCUGCUGUUUGAGAACCAGUGUAAGUAUCUACUGCUGUGAUGUUUCUGUGUCUAUUAUUAAACCCUCUGGUGGCCCUAUGAGUGCUGAAACUAUUAUUAAACCCUCUGUGACUGCCCUAUGAGUGUUGAAACUUACUUUCUGUUAAAUGUUAAUUUUCUUGUGAUGUCAUCCCUUUUCAGACUAUCCCAAUGGUGUGCGGUUAACGUCGGCGGUUUCCGGAGCGGAUAUCAAGGUUUUGAUCAACUUCAACGCUCCCAACCUUCAGGAUAGGAAGAAGUUCACUGAGGACCUGAGAGAGUCCAUCGCUGAGGUCCAGGAGAUGGAGAAAUACCGCAUAGAGUGUGAGUAGUGGAAACACCUGCGUUUGAACCUGCAUCUCAAGACUGGGUUAGCCUGGGUUAGCCUGGGCUAGACUGGGUUAGCCUGGGUUAGCCUGGGUUAGCCUGGGUUAGCCUGGGUUAGCCUGGGUUAGCCUGGGUUAGACUGGGUUAGCCUGCUGGGGAAAAAAGUAAGAUGGCGCUUACAGACAUGGCAGCUCUGCUCCUAAGCAACUUUGCAGUAUUUUGUUUUUUGUGUGUUAUUUCUUACAUUAUUAGCCCAGAACAUUUAUUGUGUUAUUACAUACAGCCGGAAAUAACCUUUGGAUAUCAGAGCGGCGGUAACUCACCAGCAUUACGACCAGGAAUUUCCCGAAUUGGAUGCUUUGUUCGUACCACCCAGGGCAUUUGAACUUAUCCCAGAGGCUGCUCCAAGUCGCCACCGGUGGAGAAGAGGUAUUCGGAGUGGACUUCUAGUCCGACUCAGGAGGCGGGCACACCAUCCACCGCAUACGAGGAUAUUACUCGCUAAUGUUCAGUCUCUGAACAAUAAAGUAGAUGAGCUCAAGGCGAGGGUCUCCUUCCUGUAACAUACUCUGUUUCACAGAAUCAUGUCUCUGGAUAUACUGUCCCCGUCCAUACAGCCAGUUGGGUUCUCAGUUCAUCACGCAGACAGGAAUAAAGAACUCUCCGGGAAGAAGAAAGGCGGGGGUGUAUGCUUCAUGAUUAACUACUGGUGUGAUUGUGAUAACAUACAGAAACUCAAGUCCUUUUAUUCACCGACCUAGAAUACCUCACAAUCAAAUGCCGACCGUAUUACCUCCCAAGAGAAUUCACUUCGGUUAUAGUCACAGCCGUGUAUAUUCCCCCUCAAGCCGAUACCACGACAGCCCUCAAGGAACUACACUGGACUUUAUGCAAACUGGAAACCACAUAUCCUGAGGCCGCAUUUAUUGUAGCUGGGGAUUUUAACAAAGCAAAUUUGAGGAAAAGGCUACCGAAGUUCUACCAACACAUUGACUGUAGUACUCGCUUAGGGAAAACACUAGAUCACUGCUACUCGCCUUUUCAUGAUGCCUACAAGGCCCUCCCCCGCCCUCCCUUCAGAAAAUCAGAUCACGACUCCAUUUUGCUCCUCCCUCCCUAUAGACAGAAACAGGAACAGGAAGUACCCGUGCUAAGGUCUAUUCAACGCUGGUCUGACCAAUCAGAAUCCAUGCUUCAAGAUUGUUUUGAUCACACGGACUGGGAUAUGUUCCGGGUUGCCUCUGAGAAUAACAUUGACACUUACACGGACACGGUGACUGAAUUCAUCAGGAAGUGUAUAGAGGAAAUUGUUCCCACGGUGACUAUUAAAACCUAACCAAACCAGAAACCGUGGAUACAUGGCAGCAUUUGCGCAAAACUGAAAGUGUGAACCACCACAUUUAACCAUGGCAAGGUGACUGGGAAUAUGGCUGAAUGUGUAGUUAUUCCAUCCGUAAGGCAAUCAAACAGGCAAAAUGUCAGCACAGAGACAAAGUGGAGUCGCAAUUCAAUGGCUCAGACACAAGACGUAUGUGGCAGGGUCUACAGACAAUCACGGAUUACAAAGGGAAGACCAGCCACGUCGCGGACACCGACGUCUUGCUCCCAGACAAGCUAAACACCUUCUUUGCCCACUUUGAGGAAAACACAGUGGCACCGCCGCGGCCCGCUCCCAAGGACUGUGGACUCUCGUUCUCUGUGGCCGACUUGAGUAAGACAUUUAAGCGUGUUAACCCUCGCAAGGCUGCCGGCCCAGAUGGCAUCCAUAGCCGCGUCCUCAGAACAUGCACUGACCAGCUGGCUGGAGUGUUUACGGACAUAUUAAUUCUCUCCCUAUCCCAGUCUGCUGUCCACACUUGCUUCAAGAUGUCCACCAUUGUUCCUGUACCCAAGAAAGCAAAGUUAACUGAACUAAUUGACUAUCGCCCCUUAGAAAUCACUUCUGUCAUCAUGAAGUGCUUUGAGAGGCUGGUUAAGGAUCAUAUCACCUCUACCUUACCUGACACCCUAGACCCACAAUUUGCUUACUGCCCGCCCUGUGCAACUGGGUCCUGGACUUCCUGACGGGCCGCCCCCAGGUGGUGAAGGUAGGAAACAACAUCUCCACUUUGCUGAUCCUCAACACUAGGGCCCCACAAGGGUGCGUGCUCAGCCCCCUCCUGUACUCCCUGUUCACCCAUGACUGCGUGGCCAAGCACGCCUCCAACUCAAUCAUCAAGUUUGCAGAUGACACAACAGUAGUUGGCUUGAUUACCAACAAUGACGAGACCGCCUACAGGGAGGAGGUGAGGGCCCUGGCAGAGUGGGGCCAGGAAAAUAACCUCUCUCUCAACGUCAACAAAACGAAGGAGCUGAUUUUGGACUUCAGGAAACAUCAGAGGGAGCACGCUCCUUUCCACAUCGACGGGACCGCAGUGGAGAAGGUGGAAAGCUUCAAGUUCCUCGCUGUACACAUCACUGACAAUCUGAAAUUGUCCACCCACACAGACAGUGUGGUGAAGAAGGCGCAACAGAGGCUGAAGAAAUUCGGCUUUACAGAUGCACAAUUGAGAGCAUCCUGUCGGGCUGUAUCACCGCCUAGUACGGAAACUGCACCGCCCGCAACCGCAGGGCUGUCCAGAGGGUGGUGCGGUCUGCCCAACGCAUCACCGGGGGCACGCUGCCUGCCCUCCAGGACACCUACAGCACCCGAUGUCACAGGAAGGCCAAAAAGAUCAUCAAGGACAUCAACCACCCGAGCCACGGCCUGUUCACCCCGCUAUCAUCCAGAAGGCGAGGUCAGUACAGGUGCAUCAAAGCUUGGGCCGAGAGACUGAAAAACAGCUUCUAUCUCAAGGCCAUCAGACUGUUAAAUAGCCAUCGCUAGCCGGGUACCACCCGGCUACUCAACCCUGCACCUUAGAGGCUGCUGCCCUAUAUACAUAGACAUGGAAUCACUGGCCACUUUAAUAAUGUUUACAUACUGCUUUACUCAUCUCAUAUGUAUAUAUUGUAUUCUAUUCUACUGUAUUUAGUCAAUGCCACCCCGACAUUACUAGUUUAUAUACAUUUAUAUAUUUCUUAAUUCCAUUCUUUUACUUUUAGAUGUGUGUGUAUUGUUGUGAAUUGUUAGAUACUACUGCGCUGUUGGAGCUAGAAACACAAGCAUUUCGCUACACCUGCAAUAACAUCUGGUAAAUAUGUGUAUGUGACCAAUAACAUUUGAUUUAAACUGAACCUCAAGACUGGGUUAGCCUGCUGAGCCAAAGCCUUAAAGAAGUACAGGAUAAAAUGCGUGUCCUUGUGCUAACCCAGUCUUGAGGUUUAGUUGAGGAGAGCUUGACUCCAUCACUAUUGGUCUUUGUGCGGGGUAUUGAUGUGUUGAAGGUACCGAACCGUCUGUUCAAGCAGUUGGCACACAGUUCGGAUACUCAUCGGUACAACACAAGACAUGCCACCAGAGGUCUCUUCAUAGUCCCCAAGUUUAGAACAGAUGUUGGGAAAGUAUUAAACAGAGCCAUGACUACAUGGAGCUCUCUGCCACCCCAGGUAACUCCAGCUAGCAGUAUUAAAUAGAGCCAUGACUACAUGGAGCUCUCUGCCACCCCAGGUAACUCCAGCUAGCAGUAUUAAAUAGAGCCAUGACUACAUGGAGCUCUCUGCCACCCCAGGUAACUCAAGCUAGCAGUAUUAAAUAGAGCCAUGACUACAUGGAGCUCUCUGCCACCCCAGGUAACUCCAUCUAGCAGUAUUAAAUAGAGCCAUGACUACAUGGAGCUCUCUGCCACCCCAGGUAACUCCAGCUAGCAGUAUUAAAUAGAGCCAUGACUACAUGGAGCUCUCUGCCACCCCAGGUAACUCCAGCUAGCAGUAUUAAAUAGAGCCAUGACUACAUGGAGCUCUCUGCCACCCCAGGUAACUCCAGCUAGCAGUAUUAAAUAGAGCCAUGACUACAUGGAGCUCUCUGCCACCCCAGGUAACUCCAGCUAGCAGUAUUAAAUAGAGCCAUGACUACAUGGAGCUCUCUGCCACCCCAGGUAACUCCAGCUAGCAGUAUUAAACAGAGCCAUGACUACAUGGAGCUCUCUGCCACCCCAGGUAACUCAAGCUAGCAGUAUUAAAUAGAGCCAUGACUACAUGGAGCUCUCUGCCACCCCAGGUAACUCCAGCUAGCAGUAUUAAAUAGAGCCAUGACUACAUGGAGCUCUCUGCCACCCCAGGUAACUCAAGCUAGCAGUAUUAAAUAGAGCCAUGACUACAUGGAGCUCUCUGCCACCCCAGGUAACUCAAGCUAGCAAUAAAACCAGUUAAAAAACCAGAUAAAAUAACACCUGACUGCACAAAGGGGCCUGAAGAGACACAGCCAUUUGAUAUAUCUGGUAUUGUAAUAUACACUGUACUAUCUAUUAGACCUAUAUAGUGUGUGUAUGUACUGAUAUGUAGGCUAUGUGUGAUGUUUUAAAUGUAUGUAUUUCAGUCCUUGACUAAUAAUGUUCUGUACUAUGUAUUAUGUUGUGUUUCAUCUGGACCCCAGGAAGAGUAGCUGAUGCUUUUGCAGCGGCUAAUGGGGAUUCUAAUAAAUACCAAAUAAGUUCAUUUGAUUCUGUAAGUUCAUUUGAUUCUAUAAGUUAACGUUACUUGAUUCUGUAAGUUCAUUUGAUUCUAUAAGUUAACGUUACUUGAUUCUGUAAGUGAAUUUGACUUGAUUAUGUCACUAUAAUGAAGCUGGAGAAGCAGAAGGGCGUGGUCCGUCCCACCCUAUCACAGAGCUCAGGGCUGACUGACAGGUCCCAGAGUCUAUCACAGAGCUGUAAUCUAACCUGACUCUGUGUCCCCCUCUAGCGGAGCUGGAGAAGCAGAAGGGCGUGGUCCAUCCCAGCCUAUCACAGAGCUCAGGGCUGAAGAAGGACUCUGGGAACGGCCAAUUGGGUCGCGGCAGCCUGGAUGACACCUACGCCAUGGGGGAGGGGCUAAAGAGGGGCGCCCUCAGCAGCUCGCUACGAGACCUCUCAGACGCAGGUAAGGGGUUAGAGGUCAGGGGACUUCCCUGUGACAUCCUAGAGGUCACCAACCUGCCUAGUGCUCUGCCCUGUCCCAUCCUAGAGGUCACCAACCUGCCUCUGCCCUGUGACAUCCUAGAGGUCACCAACCUGCCUAGUGCUCUGCCCUGUCCCAUCCUAGAGGUCACCAACCUGCCUCUGCCCUGUGACAUCCUAGAGGUCACCAACCUGCCUCUGCCCUGUGACAUCCUAGAGGUCACCAACCUGCCUAUGCUCUGCCCUGUCCCAUCCUAGAGGUCACCAACCUGCCUCUGCCCUGUCCAUCCUAGAGGUCACCAACCUGCCUCUGCCCUGUCCCAUCCUAGAGGUCACCAACCUGCCUCUGCCCUGUGACAUCCUAGAGGUCACCAACCUGCCUCUGCCCUGUCCCAUCCUAGAGGUCACCAACCUGCCUUGCUGCCCUGUCCCAUCCUAGAGGUCACCAACCUGCCUCUACCCUGUGACAUCCUAGAGGUCACCAACCUGCCUCUGCCCUGUCCCAUCCUAGAGGUCACCAACCUGCCUCUGCCCUGUCCCAUCCUAGAGGUCACCAACCUGCCUCUGCCCUGUCCCAUCCUAGAGGUCACCAACCUGCCUCUGCCCUGUGACAUCCUAGAGGUCACCAACCUGCCUAGUGCUCUGCCCUGUCCCAUCCUAGAGGUCACCAACCUGCCUCUGCCCUGUGACAUCCUAGAGGUCACCAACCUGCCUCUGCCCUGUGACAUCCUAGAGGUCACCAACCUGCCUAGUGCUCUGCCCUGUCCCAUCCUAGAGGUCACCAACCUGCCUCUGCCCUGUCCCAUCCUAGAGGUCACCAACCUGCCUCUGCCCUGUCCCAUCCUAGAGGUCACCAACCUGCCUCUGCCCUGUGACAUCCUAGAGGUCACCAACCUGCCUCUGCCCUGUCCCAUCCUAGAGGUCACCAACCUGCCUCUACCCUGUGACAUCCUAGAGGUCACCAACCUGCCUCUGCCCUGUCCCAUCCUAGAGGUCACCAACCUGCCUCUGCCCUGUCCCAUCCUAGAGGUCACCAACCUGCCUCUACCCUGUGACAUCCUAGAGGUCACCAACCUGCCUCUGCCCUGUCCCAUCCUAGAGGUCACCAACCUGCCUCUGCCCUGUCCCAUCCUAGAGGUCACCAACCUGCCUCUGCCCUGUCCCAUCCUAGAGGUCACCAACCUGCCUCUACCCUGUCCCAUCCUAGAGGUCACCAACCUGCCUCUACCCUGUCACCAACCUGCCUAG